AUGACAGAUCAGGUAGAAACUAAAGAUGAUGUUAAAUCUACGGCAUCAAAUGAUGCGGAAUUGCCAUUAGAUGAGUCCGAGAAUGUUGAGCCAUCAGGGGACAAAAUAGAAAUAGAAACAGAACAGCCGGAUGUAGCAGACGCACCUGCUAAUGACGGUGCUCCCAGUGCUAAUGAAAUAAAGGAGACUGAUGUCAGUUUUGCUGCUACGGAAAAGAAGAAUAAUGAAGAUUCUCCUCCUAUCACUGGUGCUAUUGAGGUGAAGGAAGAAGUUGCAGAUGAACCAGUGGAUAGUUCAACGGUAGAAAGUGAAGCACCAGAUACAGUGGAGGUUGUUAAUAAUGAAACCGAACCAAUUGAUACUGAUAAGGAUAGUUUAUCUAAUGAGAGUGUGAUAAAAUCCAAGCAAGAGAUUUUAGAACAGAAGAUUGAGUCAUUCAAUAACGAAACUAAGCCACCACAUUUACCUCCAAGGGACCACAUUGCGGGAGAGAAACCACCACUUCCUUCAAGAUCUCAUGUGGCAACGUCUUUAUCUGGACCUGUACAUUUCGUACCUCCACCAUUGUCCGAGGAAAUGAAGUCUCCCAAGUUUCGUGCUCAUUUUAAUCAGCAUAAACGUUCCGACAGCAGUGAUUUCGAUUUGAUAUUGAACAGAUUCAUUCAAAACGAAACCGAAUUGGAACUAAGAGAUGACAAAGAGCGUGAGCAUGCAAAAGAAGGUACCAAGACACUAAGAGAAGAAUAUGAUAGCUUACUAGAUCAUGCGGACAAAGAAUUGGUACAAUACGAUUGGCCAUUCUGGAGUAAGCUGGUUCAUAAUUUUAGCGAUAUAGUCAAGGAUGACUCAAAGAAAUUAGAAACUGAAGUAGGGAAAGGUAUCCCAACUCAAGUCCGUGGUAUUAUAUGGCAGCUACUAACCAGUUCAAAUUACAAGGAGAUGGAGGAGUUAUACUGUUCCUUACUUCUAUUGGAGUCACCGCAUGAAAAGGCAAUCAAAAGAGAUUUAUCUAGAACGAAGUUCAUCCCAGAAGGUAAGACAGAUUCUUUAUUCAGCGUGCUCAAGGCUUACUCUCUUUAUGACCCACCAGUUGGUUACACACAGGGCAUGGGUUUUAUUGCUACUACUUUAAUAUUGAACUGUGAAGAAGAAUGGCAAGCGUUUUCUCUAUUAACGAAACUCAUGAAAGUAUACGGAUUAAGGGAUUUAUUCUUGCCGGGAAUGCCUGGCCUGAUGUUGAAAUUGUACCAAUUUGAUACACUUUUGGAGGAAAAUGAUCCUCAAUUGUAUAACCAUUUGAUCAGGCAGGGAAUAAGAUCUACAAUGUUUGCAACUCAAUGGUUCCUGACGAUGUUCGCAUACAAAUUUCCCCUUGAAUUCGUUCUCAGAAUCAUGGAUAUUGUCAUACUUGAAGGUAUCGAAUCGAUGCUAAAAUUCAGUUUAACGUUGAUGUUAAAGAACAGUCGUAAUUUGAUCAUUCUCAGUUUCGAUUCUCUCUUAGACUUCUUGAAGGAGGACCUUUUCCAACACUAUGCUUCUAAGGAGAACCCAGAAGAGUACGAUAUUGAUAGAUUCAUCUCUGAUUCGUUGGAAAUCAAAUUAACUCCAUUGCAAUUGGAGCGUUACGUGAAAGAGUACGAUGAGAUUCACAAGUUGGAAACGGAAAAGGAACAACAAUAUGAGGAACAAAGAAUUAAAAACAGACAGCUUCAAAAAGAGUUGAAGAAAUUAGAAAAUGACUAUUCGCUAUUAAACAGAGAGCAUAUCACUAUUGCCAAUGAACUAAUUGAAAACAGACUUCGGAUGGAAACUCUUCAGGACGAAAAUAAGGAUUUAUUACUAGAGAUAGAAGAUUUGAAGAAACAACUGGAACGUGAACUUUAUAAACAAACGUUACCUAAUCCAGAUGCUGAAAUUCCCACAGAUUUGAAAGCAGAUUUGAAUAGAACAAUGGAAAGAAAUCUGGAAGUUAUGGACGAAAAUCAAGAGCUCAGAACACGCCUUGACGAAUUAGAAAAAGAGAACUAUGAAUUACGCACAGGUAAGACUUGGACCAAAGAUGCCACCAAUCCAAAGGGAAAUCGUCUCGGGAAUUGGGCUUUCAAAUCACCAUGGAAGAAAUGA